AUGGACGCGGCUCAUGCCGCCGAGACUCCGGAGGUUCUGGCACAUUUCCACGUGGACGAGAACACAGGCCUCACCGAUACUCAGGUGGAGCACAAUCGAAGCAUCUACGGACGGAAUGAGGCCCCCAAGGAAGAAGGCACGCCCUUCUGGAAGCUGGUGCUGAAGCAGUUUGACGACCUGCUGGUGAAGAUCCUCCUCGUCUCUGCAGUCGUCUCCUUCCUCCUCGCCCUCGCCAACGGGGAGAGCGGCUGGCACGCCUUCGUCGAACCCGCUGUCAUCCUCCUCAUUCUCAUUGCCAACGCCACUGUUGGGGUCGUCACAGAGACCAACGCAGAGAAGGCAUUAGAGGAACUGAAGGCAUAUCAAGCUGAUGUUGCCACUGUGCUGCGCAACGGCAGGCUAGCGAUCAUCCCAGCUGCAGAGCUGGUUCCUGGCGACAUUGUUGAGGUGUCAGUGGGUGGCAAAGUGCCUGCAGAUCUCAGGGUGCUCUCCCUGCUAAGCACACAGCUCAGAGCGGACCAAUCCAUCCUCACAGGGGAGAGUGGCUCCGUGUCAAAGACAAAACGGGCCACUCGGUCAGCAGCGGCAGUCUAUCAAGACAAGACCUGCAUCCUCUUCUCUGGCACCGUGGUGACGGUGGGGAGGGUGCGGGCCAUUGUUAUCGCCACAGGAGGGAGGACUGCCAUUGGGAAAAUCCGUGAUGCGAUAUCGGAGUCAGCAGAUGAAAUGACUCCUCUGAAGCGCAAACUGGACGAGUUUGGCACCUUCCUCUCCAAGGCCAUAGCUGUAGCGUGCAUUCUCGUGUGGGUGAUCAACAUCAGAAACUUCCAGGAUCCUGCGCACGGUGGUGUCAUUCGAGGCGCUAUCUACUAUUUCAAGAUUGCCGUUGCUCUAGCCGUGGCCGCCAUACCUGAAGGCCUUCCAGCAGUCGUGACCACGUGUCUAGCCUUGGGCACAAAGAAGAUGGCGCGGCUGAACGCCAUCGUGCGAUCGCUGCCCUCCGUGGAGACUCUUGGAUGCACCACUGUCAUCUGCAGUGACAAGACGGGCACUCUCACCACCAACAUGAUGUCUGUUAACAAGAUCUGUGUGUGCAACUCAGCAGCAGGCCCCUUGUGUGAGCUGGACGUUUCUGGAACCACUUACUCACCUGAGGGCUCCAUCACUCUGGGCCGCUCGGUGGUGGAGAGGCCAGCAGACAUGCCAUCAGUGCAGCACGUGGCAAUGUGUGCCUCCAUGUGCAACGACUCCACCCUCCAGUACAACGCCACUACUGACACUUACGACCGCAUUGGGGAGGCCACCGAGGUGGCCCUUCGGGUUCUCACAGAGAAGAUCGGCAUACCGGGUUAUUCCGACAUGCCCACAUCCCUCGGCCUCCUCAGCAAGGCAGAAAGAGCCGCCUUUUGCAACAACCACUGGCACGAAACUUUCCACAAGCUUGCGAGUCUGGAGUUCUCAAGGGACCGCAAGUUGAUGAGUGUGCUGUGCAUGAGAGGCGAGGAGGAGAUUCUUUUCUGCAAAGGAGCACCGGAGGCUGUCUUGUCACGCAGCAGCAGAGUGCUGAGUAACGGCGAUGGGGAUGUUGCUGCCAUGACGCCUGAGAUGAAGGCAGCGAUCGAAGAGAGAGUGUCCAGCUACGGCCGGCACCAGAUGCUGCGCUGCCUGGCUCUUGCCAUGCGACCUCUGCCCCAAGGGCAGCAGACCAUCACUCCUGACGACGAAACCGACCUCACGUUCCUUGGCCUGGUGGGAAUGCUGGACCCACCUCGGGAGGAGGUGAGAGCAGCUGUGGAGACAUGCCGGUCGGCUGGCAUUCGCAUCAUUGUUGUUACAGGCGACAACAAGGCCACAGCAGAGUCGGUGUGUCGCCGCAUCGGGCUGCUCAGCCCCCUCUCAGCUGACGCCCUGAUCACCAUCGACCCCUCCUCCCCCAACUCCCCCUCCUCCCCCGCCUCGCCUCUGCUCAAAGCGAGCACCAGUGGGGGAGCGGGAGGGGGAGAGGAGGGGGGUUAUGCGUCGCUGACAGCAGCGGAGUUUGAGUUGCUGUCGCCGACACAGCAGGCCGCUGCUGUUCAGCAGCUCGUCCUCUUCUGCAGAGUGGAGCCCAGCCACAAGUCCAUGCUUGUGGACUAUCUCAAACGUCAAAAUGAAGUGGUGGCGAUGACAGGCGACGGGGUGAACGAUGCCCCGGCACUCAAGAAAGCAGACAUAGGGAUCGCCAUGGGGUCUGGCACUGCUGUGGCUAAGGGUGCGUCUGACAUGGUACUGGCAGAUGACAACUUCUCCACCAUUGUUGCAGCGGUUGGAGAAGGCCGUGCCAUAUACAACAACAUGAAGGCGUUCAUUCGCUACAUGGUCUCCUCCAACAUCGGGGAGGUCGUCGCCAUCUUCCUCGCCGCAGCAGUGGGCAUGCCAGAGACGCUCAUCCCCGUGCAGCUGCUGUGGGUCAAUCUGGUCACUGAUGGCUUACCUGCUACUGCGCUGGGAUUCAACAAGCAGGACAGAGACGUGAUGAGCAUUAAGCCGCGAAAGAUGGAGGAUGCAAUCGUGAAUGGAUGGCUCUUCUUCCGUUACCUAGUCAUUGGAAUCUACGUGGGGCUGGUGACAGUGGCCGCCUUCGUGUGGUGGUACAUGUGCUUCGCCGAUGGCCCCAAGAUCACCUGGACCCAACUGGUCACCUUCGACACCUGUGUGGACGCGUCUGGUCGCCCCUGUGCAGUAUUCCUAGACCCGCGUCCGCGCACGGUGGCCAUGUCAGUGCUGGUGGUGGUCGAGAUGUUCAACGCCCUCAACAACCUCUCAGAGAACCAGAGCCUCCUCGUCCUCCCGCCCUGGUCCAACCUCUGGCUGUUAGCAGCCAUCACCCUCUCAAUGAUCCUCCACUUCCUCAUCCUCUACGUCCCAGCCCUCGCUGUCCUCUUCUCCGUCGGCCCUCUCUCCUGGCCUGAGUGGCACGCAGUGCUGGUCUUCUCCUUCCCGGUUAUCAUUGUGGACGAAAUUCUGAAGGUCUUCUCAAGAAACAUGUCAGCUCAUCCUGCCAAGGCCAAGUCAUCGCGGCCGCAGUGGUCCCUGCUGCCGUUCAGGCGGCCAAAGGAAGAAUCAGGGGAGAACCACACAGCCUGA